AUUUGUGUAUAACACUUUUUCAAUGAUGAAUUUCAAAAUAUGUAUUCUGUUCUUCAUAGCUCUUGCGUCACCGGCUUCGUCAAUUGAAGAUGACGAGGAAGUGACUCUCAAGCUUCUGACUUCAUACAACGUAGACUAUAAUAGUGCAAUUAAGGACGAGUACUCUCGAAUAAUUGUGGAAGAUCGAACAGAUGAGAUAUCCGUUAAAAUUGGAAUUUUAGCUACAUAUUUUCGAGUUUUCAAAAAACUUGUGGCUUGGGGUGUUGAAGAAAAUGGAUUCGAACAUCUAUAUCCAUCACCUGAAUAUGAUUUUGAUAUAAAUAUUGGAUCAGAGUGUAAAAAGGGACUUGAAAUAUGCUUGGACACAAUUAUAAGUAACAUUAGUGAGAUACAGCCGUGGAUUUUGCAGGAUAACAUUGAUUUGGAUGAGUUGGCAAUGAAAAAGAUAAUUGAUGAUCAACGACUCGGGAUGGAGAUUUCGGCUUCACAGAUCCUGUGCUACUUGACCAAUUCGCGAAUCAAAGCAUUCGAGCACAUUCCUUACUGCUCCUACCGUAUUCAACCACCCGGUACAAAGUUAUUUACGUGGACAGGAAAGACAUUCAGCAAACACAACCUCAUCGAUGAGUUUGUUGGAAAAUCAUUUGAAUGUGCAACUGAAAGUUUCUGUCCUGAUCCAUGUUGUUCUGGAAUACCAUCAGUUGUAAGAUCGUCUUCAAAAUAUGCACCACUCUGCAAAAUGAAUUCUUGUCAAAAAGCGUCGACAUGUAUUGUUAAGCAUUUUGAAAACGACGAUCUAUCGAAACUUCGUCUCAAUCAAUUCAAUGUGAAUUGUGGUUGUGAAGAACCUGGCACAAUCUACCGUCCCGACAUUGGUCGAUGUGUUCAUCAUAAUCCAUGCACUAAACAAUCACUAUGUCGAGAUUUUGGCCAGGAAUGCGUGAAUACUGCUUCUGGAUACAAGUGUGUCUGCCAACUUGGAUAUUUUCGGAAUGGAUCCAAUUCGUGUGCUCCUCUCAAGUUUUCUGCACCUGUUUAUCAUGGAUUCGCAUUGUCUGAAGAGAUGGAUGAAUUGUAGAAUGACUCAUAUUUAUUGAAUCUUUGAAAUAUCUCAUGAAAUAAAAGAAAGCGAUUAAU